GCACUCAGACAGCCAGAACAAAGAAGUCACAGAAGGAUCCUACAAAGAGAGGAUAGUUAAACACAAAAGCUACACUACUACAGACUGAAAUCUAACCACAAAAAUGGAAGCAGAUAAGAAGAGUGCACCGACAGAGAAGAACCAGAUCACAGACUGUGACCUCUCUGAACAGAUAAAGCUGGCCACUAAAGAAAGCCAUGUCCGAGCUGAGAAUACAGAACUGAUGCUGGCUUACCAGAAAGGAAACGUUAGCCUUCCACAAUAUAAGCUGCUGCUGUGCUCCUUGUACAAGAUCUACGAAGCUCUGGAAGAAGAAAUGGACAGGAACGCUUCCCAUGAGAGCAUAGCACCAAUUUACUUCCCUCAAGAACUGGCCAGGUUGGAGGCACUCAAGAAAGAUCUAGAGCAUUUCUAUGGAAAGAACUGGAAGGAGCAGAUCGUUGUACCUGCGGCUACAAUAAGAUACGCAGAGAGACUGAGCGAGAUUGGCACAGAGCAUCCUGAAUAUCUCGUGGCUCACGCUUACACUCGCUACCUGGGUGACCUGUCAGGGGGGCAGGUGCUGGGACGGAUUACCCAGAAGUCACUGGGGCUUAAGAGCGAAGAAGGAAUACAAUUCUUCUUGUUUCCUGGUGUUAACAGUCCAAAUCUGUUUAAACAACUGUACAGAAGCAGGAUGAACAGCAUUGAACUGACUGAGACUCAGAAGCAGGGAGUCCUGGACGAGGCCGUCAGGGCCUUCGAGUUCAACAUCCAGGUUUUUGAUGAAUUACAGAACUUGCUCAGCAUCCCUGACAAGAACGAGCUCAGACAACGACAUAAUAAACACAGCUCGAAGACUCCAGACGUCAAAGUGACCCAGACUCCAGCGCUUCCCUCCUCACUGGUAUCUGGAUCUCAGAUAUUAAGGAUGCUCCUUGGAGUGUGCUUAGCUCUAGCAGUCAGCAUCUAUGCUUUUUAAAUAGUAUAAUUAAUAUACUCACUCACUUUCUUAACCGCUUAUCCAAUUAGGGUCGGGGGGGGGGGUUAGGGUUAGGGUUAGGGUUUGGGGGGGUGCUGGAGCUGGACACCCUGGACGGGGCGCCAGUCCAUUGCAGGGCAGACACACAUACACACACACAUACACACACCCAUUGACCUAUAGGGCAAUUCAUUGUCUCCAAUUAACGUGACUGCAUGCCAAGAGGAAACCCGUGCAGACACGGGGAGAACAUGCAAACUCCACACGGAAAGGACUCGAACCACCCCACUCGAACCCAGGACCUUCUUGCUGUGAGGCAAUAGUGCUACCCACCAAGCCACUGUGCUGAUUAAUAUAAAUACUUCUUUAUAUAUACAAACUAAAUUGCACUAAUAUUUUAAUCCUAAGUGAAUGUAAACACCCCCCCCCCCCCCCCCUCCCCCAAACUGUAGCAACAAGCACUCAUGAGCAAAUUGUAGCACAGGUCUCAGAGGUGCAUUUUCUUUGUUCUUGUUAAUUUUUUUUUACCAAUAAUUUAUUCAUUUGACCAUGUAAUGAAAUUUUAGGAUUAUAUUUUUGUUAGGAUUGUAUAUAUUAGUCUCUGCCACAUGUAAAAUACUGUAUACUAUGUAAAUUAACUGUAAAUCACUUACCAAGUGACUGUUGAAACUUUCAUUACUUUCUUAUUGUUCUGAUUCUUAAGCCAAUGCGUUGUUUGUGACGAUCAGACAGUAUACUGUUUUUUUGUUUUAUUAUUCAGAUAUUGUAAAAUGGAAUAAUGCAAAUCUUACAUACAUGUAUAUUUUGUACAACAGGGCGUGUAAAUAUUUUCUUUUUAAAUCUUGAAAUUAAUAAAACAAAAUGUAAUUAUUAAAGCUCAGAA